GCCCUGUCUCCGCCCUUCUUCGCCGGCUCCUGCUCUUCUCGGCCUCCUGGCCGUCGCCGCCUCCUGGCUGAGACCGGCUCCUGCCCCUCUCCUACUCCUCUGCCCAUUUGGGUACGGGUCCUCUUUCUUCUUCCCUCUGUGGUUUCGUGAUAAUUCCCGCCGAGCAAGAAAAUUGAGUGAAAAAAAGGCCAUCUACUGGGUUUUGAGCUAUUAGAUGUUCUGCGAGUUGAGCUUUCGCAAUCUGGGCUGAGCUGAAAUCCAUAAAUGGGUCCUCUGAUCUGAGCAAUCAGUAAUUGUUGAGUUGAGAUUCAGUAGAAACUGACUAUACUGAGAUCAACUCAGGUUCCCUUCCUCAAUGUAGAAGUCAGUCUGUGAAGAAGAAGAAGAAGAAGAAGAAGAAGAAGGAGAUUUGAAUUGGGAAGUAAAGAAGGGGAGAGAGAGAGAGAGAGAGAGAGAGAGAGAGAGAGAGAGAGAGAGAGAGAAGAUGGAGAGCAGUGAAGAAGACGAGGAGUUCCCUUCAAUUGAAACCAUCACUCCCCAGCCGAAAGUCAAUUCCCUGUUCCAAUCUCACACCGAAAAGGGGAUUAGGCAGCUUUGUUGUGAGCUAUUGGAUCUGAAAGAUGCAGUGGAAAAUUUAUGUGGCAACACACAAACUAAGUACUUAGCUUUUUUAAGAAUAUCAGAAGAAGUGGCGGAGACGAAGCACGAGCUAAGCGAGCUGCAGAAACAUAUUUCCUCCCAAGGGAUACUCGUGCAGGAUCUGAUGAUUGGUGUGUGCUCCCAAUUGGACGAAUGGAACAAAUGCAAUCGCAGGGAGCAUGAAGGUGAGAAAAAACAGGAGAGCUCUGAAGAUAGAGAUUCUGUACCUAAUGAAACUGAAGACAGCAAGAUGAUGGUAUUAGAGACCAUCGAUAUUCUUUUAGCGGAGCACAGAGUUGAGGAAGCCGUGGAGGCUAUAAUUGCUGAAGAGAAAAACUCAUCAGAACUAAAAGGUUCUUCUGAAGCUUUAUCUGCUGAAGCAAAUUCAUACAGAUCGAUGUUUCUGGAGAGGAAAGCCAUGGUUGAGGAGCAGUUGGUAGAGAUUGCAAAGCAACCUCUGAUUAGCAUGGUGGAACUGAAGAAGGCAUUAUUGGGUUUGAUUAAGAUUGGGAAAGGCUCUCCUGCUCAUCAAUACUUGCUUAAGUGGUAUGGGUCCCGCCUCCAGAAGAGCAUUGAGGUUUUCCUUCCUUCGUGCUCUCUUUGGCCGAGGACAUUUGCCGCCACACUAGCUAAACUCAUGUUUUCUGCUAUCUUAACGACAACCAGAGAAUCUGGUUUGAUUUUCGGGGAUAAUCCGGUUUAUACAAACAGAGUUGUUCAGUGGGCAGAGUGGGAGAUUGAGUAUUUUGUUAGAUUGGUUAAGGAAAAUGCUCCAUCUUCUGAGACUAUAAGUGCUUUACAUGCAGCAGGCAUCUGUGUCCAGGCGAGUCUUAGUUACUGUUCAAUGUUGGAAUCACAAGGGCUAAAAUUGUCCAAGUUGCUUCUUGUGCUCUUAAGGCCUUAUAUUGAGGAAGUUUUGGAAUUGAACUUUAGAAGGGCUCGAAGAACAGUUCUUGAUUUGGAAGAAGGCGAUGAUAACUUGUCUGUGGCACCCCGAUUUGUCUCCCCAUUGUCUGCUUUUGCUACAUCUGACAAUGCUCUUAUUGACAGUGGACUGAAAUUCAUGUACAUUAUCGAUGAGAUAUUGGAACAGCUAACUCCUCUUGCCAUUUUUCAUUUUGGAGGGAAUGUAUUGAGUAGAAUCUCACAGCUGUUUGAUAAGUAUGUGGAUGCUCUUAUCAAGGCCCUUCCGGGUCCCUCUGACGAUGACAAUCUCACAGAGCUUAAAGAAGUUUUACCCUUCAGAGCUGAAACAGACUCUGAGCAACUUGCAUUGUUGGGAAUGGCUUAUACCAUUGCCGAUGAACUCUUGCCUGAUGCCAUUUGGAGCCUGUGGAAUACGCACAAUGAAACCCAAGAACCAAGAAGUGAACCCAGUGAGAGUACUCCUACUCAAGCUAAGCCGGCAGAGCUAAAAGAGUGGAAGCGCCAUCUUCAUCACUCAUUUGAUAAGCUCCGAGAUCACUUUUGCCGGCAGUAUGUCUUGAGUUUCAUCUACUCGAGAGAAGGCAAGACACGACUGAAUGCACAGAUUUAUUUAAGCGGAAACAGGGAGGAUUGGGAUCCUGAUCCCUUGCCAUCGCUUCCAUUCCAGGCAUUGUUUGCAAAGCUACAGCAAUUCAUGACUGUAGCUGGAGAUGUCUUACUAGGCAAAGAAAAAAUACAGAAAAAUCUGCUUGCAAGGCUGACAGAAACAGUCGUGAUGUGGUUGUCUGAUGAACAAGAGUUUUGGGGUGUCUUCGAGGAUGAAUCUUCGGCUAUUCAAGCGAUGGGUUUGCAGCAGUUGAUUCUUGACAUGCACUUCACUGUUGAAAUAGCCCGGUAUGCAGGCUAUCCAUCCCGGCAUGUGCACCAGAUUGCAUCUGCUAUUAUUGCUCGUGCUAUUAGGACCUUCUCUGCCCGAGGGAUAGACCCUCAGAGUUCGCUUCCUGCGGACGAGUGGUUUGUUGAAACUGCAAAAUCGGCGAUACACAUCCUUCUGGGGCCUGGGUCAGAUACAUCUGAGAUAGAUGAAGGGCAUAUCAUGCACGAUGAGAUUCUAUCUGAUUCAGAAGACUCUGCUUCGUCCCUCUCAACUGAAGAAUCCGUCGAAUCUUUUGCUUCUGCUAGCAUGGGAGAACUUGAGAGUCCAAUGUUCACCGAUCCCGAGAACUGAGGUACUAAUUCGAGUCUUCUGUUAUGGUGAGGCCCUUUGGCUGCGGAUUGCAUUGGGUUCUCUUUUCGGAACGUCGGAUGGGCAUUUUGUUGGUAGGGAAUCUUAUUAGCUUCGGCAGAACAGAUGAUGGAUAGCUUAGGUUUUAAUGUGCGAUGAUGGAUAUGGAAAUCAAGAAAGUGUAUUUGAUUAUGAAAACUAGUGUAAUUUAUGAUGUUAAAUAAAUUAGAUAAUACUUUCUAACAGGCAGUACACAAUUUUUUA